AUGUGCCCGAAAGAAGAUAGCGCGGAAAUGAACGGUCUUCCAGCGCGAAACUCGCCAGAGUGGGAUAACCACGAAAAUGAAGAACAAGAGGAGGAACAAAUUGAAUAUCUUGAGGGUUCAGCGUUCACAAAAGUCGAAAUUCUGCGCUACAUCGUCUCCCUGAAAGAUUUUGUGGAUCUCAACGAGGGUCGAUCUGAAACGACUCUCUGCGAAAUUUGGGACUCUAUUCAAACUCCUUCUGUUGCCACUGUCUACCACGAAAAUGGUCUUUUUGAGAUUGUCCAGCACAUUUUCGACAAAAGAGAUGACUUCGAUGAUUCGGAGAGAAAUCGUCUUCUGGAACUGCUGAUUGGAAUUAUGGCGAAUAUGCUGCAGCACUUGGACGCAAUUGAUGAACUGGAUAUAGUGUUGCAGAAUUUGGCUAGUUUUUGUGAAGGAGAAACUGAUGUUUUUAUUCUAGCCCAGACAAUGCGAGCACUCUCAAUAAUUUUUAAGCGCUUUCCGACCUCCGUUGAGUCCUCUGCCUUGAUUUCGACGUUCAAAACCACUGCCAAUGAAAUCAUCUGCAAAUGCAAAAACGAAGAAGCUCUUUCAAACGCCCUCAAUCUCUUCGAGUCCAACGAUGUAUUUCUCGAUGAAAAUGGGCAAAAAGCGCUUUGGACGUUUCUAGAGCACUUCGAAGAACAUGAAAUAGAAGAAAUCAUGACGCUCGAAGAAAAUCACUUUUUACAGAGAAUUCUGGAGAUUCUCAGCGAAGUGAUUUACCAAAAAACAGAUUCUUUGGACGAAAAACAAGUGAGAAUCAUCAACAGCUUUUGGGAUCGAUGCAAUAAAGAAGUGGAAGAAAACAAAGAAGAAUUUUCUUGCAUCAACGAGCCAUGGCAAUUUUUCGCUAUGAUUCUCUAUUUAGCUCAAAUUUCUAUUCAAAAAUGUGCGGCUUUCCGAAUCACUGAGGAGGAUCUAAAAAGGACUUUUAAAACUUGGAAGUUAUCAAAAAGCAAGAUUGGCGGCUCGAUAAGGAAAACCCUGAAAGUCCAGAUUUCAAACCUAAACCAGGCGUCGAGAUUUGAUGAAAUCGUCGAAGAAGAAUCAGAAACUGAAAAAAAUAUUCUGUUGAUUUUAGAUUCACAACUAGAAGAUGAUAUCUGA